AAAACCUGUGAUGUAGGAUCACUGGUGUAGUGUAUGUGAGUGAAAGAGAAGGAAGCAUUAUGUCAUCUCUGGCGCGCGUGCGGCCGUACACGGCUCAGUCAGCUGUGGACGGUGAAGUGAGAGGGCACGCGCGACUAAGAGCUGACAAUAGGUAUUGAAGGAUAUACUACAUUUUGGCGACGAGGAAAAUUAAUUCUUAUUAAAUAAUGUCAAGUCUUACAUUAGAAAAAUUCGAGUGCGAUGGCGAAGCAGGUUCUGUUGGAGCUAGAUGGGAACGCUGGAAGAGGGGUUUAUAUAUUUACCUGGAAGCUGCAGAUGUUACUACUAGUUCUAAAAAACGCGCAAGUUUGUUACAUUGGGGAGGACAAGAACUUCAAGAAGUACUGUUUAAUAUACCCGGUGGCUACAUCACGUCGAAUGAAGCUGGUCAAGACAAAGAUGUAUUUGAAGUAGCAAUAAAAAAGUUGGAUGAAUACUUCGCACCCAAGCAAAAUAAACGAUAUGAAAGACAUCUUUUCAGACAAAUGAAACAAGAAGAAAACGAGAAAUUUGAGAAGUAUUUGGUUCGUCUGAGGCAACAAGCGCUAAAAUGCCAAUUUACGGAUGUGGAUGACAAUUUAAUUGAUCAGAUAAUUGAGAAGUGUUCAUCGGAAGAACUGAGGAAGAAAGUACUUCGUGCAGGAGAAAAAAUUACAUUAACUGAAGUGAUAACCGAGGCAAAUACUUUAGAAGUAGUGGAACGACAAUUGGGUGAUUUUAGCCAGAAAGGAAAGGACACUGUAAGCAAAAUUGAGAUACGAGAGAAGGACAAGCCAUUUAUGAAGAACAAUAAAAAGGAGUGUUUCCGAUGUGGUAGCUGGAAUCACCUAGCGUAUGAUGCGAAGUGUCCAGCUAAAGGUAAAAUUUGUAUCAAAUGCAAGAAAGUGGGACAUUUCCAGGCUCAAUGCAGAGGAACGGGCCAAAAACGAAGUCAUGAAGAAGCGAACAAAACAGAUAGAAGCGCAGAGGCGAAAAGAAAGAAGUCAAAUCACAAAGUCGAAGAUAUAAAACAGGCGAAUGCGAUAGAAGAUAAAAUCGAUUACGUUUUUAAUGUUCUGCAUAAUGAUACGCUCGCUUGUCAUGUGGGCGGAACUCGAGUAGAGAUGCUCAUUGAUUCAGGAUGUCAACAUAACUUAAUAACAGAUAAAACUUGGAAAGAAAUAAAAGAAAAUGUUUUAAAGACAGGAAAAGAAAUAAAGAAUCCAGGAAAGACAUUCGUAGCAUAUGGAUGUGAAGUCCCUCUCAAACUAUUGACGUCCUUUACUGCGGAUAUCCGUGUUGGAACAAAAUCACAAAACGCUACCUUCUAUGUAAUAGAAAAAGGGACACGUAAUUUACUAGGCAAAAUAACUGCUAUUGCAUUAGGUGUGCUAAAAUUAGGAUUGGACAUAAACCAGGUUGAGAUGACACCCUUUCCAAAAUUCAAAAAUGUUCAAAUACAAAUACCAAUAGAUAAGGACAUAAAGCCAGUCAUACAACCUUACCGACGUAUACCAAUUCCCUUAGAAGAGAAGAUCAAUACCAAAAUAGACGAGCUACUACAAAAAGAUAUUAUAGAAAAGGUAGAAGGACCGUCAGAGUGGAUAUCCCCGGUAGUGCCGAUUUUAAAAGCAGAUGGCGAUGUCCGUCUCUGUAUCGACAUGAGACGCGCAAAUUUGGCAAUUAAGCGAGAAAAUCACCCAUUACCAACGAUGGAACAGCUGCUACCGAAGAUCCAAAACGCUAAAAUGUUUAGCAAAUUGGAUAUAAAAGAUGCUUUUCAUCAAUUGGAGCUUAUGCCCGACUCACGACACAUUACCACAUUUAUUUCUGGCAAGGGAUUAUAUCGUUUUAAAAGAUUAAUGUUUGGAAUAACCUGUGCGCCGGAGAUGUUUCAAAAAACACUCGAAAGAGUGUUAAUAGAAUGUGAAGGGGUCGUUAAUUUCAUCGACGACAUUUUAGUUUAUGGAAAGGACAAGCAAGAACAUGACAGACGAUUACAAAAAGUAAUAGAAACAUUAAAGGCAAAUGACAUAAUGUUAAGGGAAGAUAAAUGUAUCUACGCAACAACGAAAGUCCAAUUUCUAGGACACGAAUUGUCUGAUGAAGGAGUUCGGCCACUAGAUAAAUAUUUAUCGGCUAUAAAAGAUUUUAGAACCCCGAACAAUAUUUCGGAACUGCAAAGCUUUUUAGGGCUUAUUAACUAUAUUGGAAAAUGGAUUCCAAAUAUGGCUACCCUCACAGAGCCAUUAAAGCAAUUGCUUCGCCAAGGGUCAGCCAGAAACGCUGAUAUUAGGGAUUGUUGGGGGAAAAGUCAGCAAACAGCCUUUUGUGCUUUAAAGGCUGCUUUGAGUGACAUACCAAAUUUAGGGUACUACAAUGUAGACGAUAAAACCAUGGUAUUUGCAGAUGCUAGUCCGGUCGGACUUGGAGCAAUUCUGGUACAGACAAAUGAAAGUGGUCCACGCAUUAUUGCGUUUGGAAACAAAACACUUAGUGAUUGCGAACGUCGGUAUUGCCAAACCGAAAAAGAGGCUUUAGCACUGGUGUGGGCGGUGGAGCACUUUCAUAUGUUUCUGUACGGCAAGGAGUUUGACUUAAUCACUGACCAUAAGCCUCUUGAGGUCAUAUUUGGUCCAAAGUCCAAACCCUGUGCACGGAUAGAACGUUGGAUACUGAGACUUCAAUCCUAUAAAUAUAAUGUUAUAUACCGUCCAGGAAAAAAUAACAUAGCCGACCCCUUGUCCAGAUUGUGUACAUUUAAGCAUGACGAAACUAAGCAAAAAGAUUACGUUCAGGAUAUAAUUGACCAUGCUAGACCAAUAGCCGUAUCGUUAAAAGAUAUUGAAGAACAUUCGAAAACCGACAUUGACAUACAAAAAGUAAAACAAGGCAUAUAUAACAGGAAAUGGGAUGAUUCAGUGAAGAGCUACAAACUGUUUGAGAACGAGUAUUGUUUCUUUGGGGACAUAUUGCUAAGAGGCACUAAAAUAGUUAUACCAGAACAAUUACGACGACUUGUUUUGGACGCUGCCCACGAGGGCCAUCCUGGAGUAGUCGCAAUGAAGCUGAGACUUAGAGCGAAAGUGUGGUGGCCCAAGUAUGAUAAGGACGUGGAAAGAUUAGUACGAUCCUGUAAAGGGUGUACACUAGUAUCGGCACCAAACCCUCCGCACCCACUCAAAAGGAGAGAAUUACCUACCCAAUCCUGGGUUGAUAUCGCUAUAGAUCUUUUAGGUCCAUUAUCAAGUGGCGAUCACCUAUUGGUGGUAAUUGAUUACUACUCCAGGUACAAGGAAAUUAAAACUUGUCGAGACAUAAGCAGCAAGGAAAUGAUCCGCUUACUAAAAGAGAUUUUUAGCCGUCUAGGACAUCCCGUUUCCAUUUCUUCUGAUAACGGAAAGCAAUUCAUUAGUGCAGAGUUCAAGACUUACUGUCUUGAAAAUGAUAUAAAACUGUUCAAUUCAAUACCUUACUGGCCACAACAGAACGGGGAAGUGGAGCGACAGAACCGGGAUAUCCUCAAGCGUCUCAAAAUAUGUCAAGUGGAAAGAAAAAGCUGGAGAGAAGCACUGGUAGAGUACUUGACGAUGUACAAUAGCACCCCACAUAGUGUGACUGGAAAAUCACCGGCAGAGCUAUUUUUUCAAAGGAAGUUUAAGGACAAGAUCCCCAUGAUAGAUUAUGCUGAACAAAAUGUUGAAGAUUUUGACGUAAGGGAUAAAGACAAAGAACAAAAAGAAAAAGGGAGAGAAUAUGCUGAUAAGAAACGAAGAGCACGUGAAGUUGAAUUAGAGAUAGGAGAUAAAGUGUAUGUUAAGAAUACCAAUAAAUCUAACAAAUUGAGUCUAAAUUUUGAUACUACUACUUAUACUGUAAAAUCUAAAACCGGUGGAGACGUAGAAGUACAGAAUGAUGAAACUGGACAACAGUUUAGACGAAACAUACUGCAUCUAAAGAAAGUAGAGGGGGAAUGGAAAUCGAUGAAUAAAGAAACCGAAGGACAGCAUUCAGAAAUUGCAGUAGAAGAGAGUUCUGAAGAGGAUGUGAGAGACGAUGAGACUAAUUACUAACAAGACCAGAAUUAAAGAUACAAUGAGGAGAUUGAUGUUGAUUUAAAUCAGUAAUUAGGAGUAUAAUAAAACUAGUAAUUAUUUUA